CAUAUUCUCCAUUCUCACUUAUCUCUCUCAACAAUCUCAUCAAUAAUGGAAGAGCUCCGGGAAGCGGCGGUUGCUUAUUACAACAACGGCACCGAGGAACAAAAGAAUUUGGCACGUCAGUUUUUCCGGGCAAUGGACGUUGACGGUAACGGCCGUGUCAGCCUUCGUGAGUAUACCGACUUCUUGGGUAAAACCGCCGGUUUAGCUAGCUUCCAUCCCGAGAUGUUUCCGACGCUUGACCAAAAUGGGGACGGUCAGCUCGACUUCACGGAGGUCUUGACGCUUUACUAUGUGGCUCGGACGCAUACCGUUUGUUGCGACGUGUGCCUCCAUGCUCUGAGUGGUUUAUACUUCACGUGUGUAACGUGCUUUGAAUCGAAAUGUGGCGACGACACGUUUGAUCUCUGCGUCAAGUGUUAUAAGCGGCAGGCCUAUAGCCAUCCGCAUCGUCUCUUCCUGGAUAGUAAUGUUUUAUUACGAGCUAAGCGUAGUAACGAUCCUCUGCAGCCGCCACCGCAGUCGCCACAGCAGCCGCCACCGCAGUCGCCACAGCAGCAGCAUGAUGAUGAACAGCCCGAAGAAGAAUCUGAAGUGGUAAGCAAUUUUGACAUCUAUUUUUUUUUUUAAUACUUUUUAUGUACG